UGAUUGGCCGAUGUCAGGAUUCCAUCGCUGACAGUCUCCUGAAAAAAAAAAAGUUCGGCGGAGUUUAGGACCCUGCGUCGCUGCAACGGCUCGCCUGCAAUCACUGCGCCAGGAAUCAAACCCUCCAAAAUAAUCUAUCGCUGCAAAUCCAUUGACUGCAAGAAGAGCAGCAGACAAACCCACCGUCUAGUUUCCCUCGCAGUCUCACCACGCUUCGUCUCAAUUCCGAUGAUUAAUUCGUGUUAGUGCGUCUUGUCUAGCGCACGCUGAGGUCAGUAAGUCCCAUAUGAUGCACAUGCGAACGAUCUGAAACACGAUUAUUUCUCACCGCGAUCAUUUAAAGCUGUAGAGAUGUCAGUCGCGUCUGUCCAGUGCCUGAUGUCUGGUUCAGUUCUCCUGGUUCUGGUGUGUGCCAAGGUUCUGAGCGCUGGUCCAGUUCUUGAUGUUCACGUAGGAUUUAAGGAACACGAUGAGGUCUCGAAGGAUCACAGGCCUGGCUUCACAGAGAGUUCACAGGAGAGCUCUGGGUUCUUCAGCGAAGACAGCGAGGAUGGCAAGAAUGCUCAAAUCGAGACCAAAGACAGCGGUGUUGACCUAAGUGCCAUUAAUGAGCGCUGUCUGAUGCCCAAGAAGGUAGGACCUUGUCGUGGGGCGAUCCCUCGCUGGCACUUUAACCCCGUCACUAAAAAGUGCGAAAACUUCAUAUUUGGGGGCUGCAGAGAAAAUCACAAUAACUUCCUGUCACUGGAGGAGUGUGCCAAAGCUUGCCACACAGUCUCUGAUUACAACCCUUCGUCCCCAGAACCACCAUCUUCAUCACUUUCUCUGAGCCAAAAGCCCAUUGUGACGAACCUCUCUUCCUCAUUGUUUGUCCCUACGACGGGGUCUGUGGACCUGGAGCGGUGGGAGCGUGAUUCAGAAUCGAGUGGCUUCUCACCGCACACCUCCCCGGGGCCGUCAAUCACCAGUGCUGAAGGCCACGCCCACUCCACUGCCACGCCCCCUCUCCUUAGACUCACACGUCGGAACCAGACUGAGGCCACAGCUGAGCCUGACAGGAGUCAGACGUCCGACAACUUGUUUGAUGAUGAGAGGAGCCAUGAGGUAACACAAGCACCCACGGCUCCUGAAAUUGGCCCCCUUCCCAGCCGGGAGCCCCUGCAGCCUGACAAACCACAUCAGGAUGAUUCUGAGGAAGAGGAGAAUGAGGAAGAGUUGGUGGUUUUCCCCACCGCACUGGAUGAGGAGGAAGAGAACGAAUGGCGGUACCUCACGCCGCUAACAACCGCACCAUCAUCCUCCCCCACUUCAGACCUGCCACCCGUGGUUUUCACCAAAACCACCUGGCAGGGGGCGCUGCUCACCACAAUGGCGGAUGAGGAGGGGGUGGAGCUUCGUCACGGCAGCACCGAAUAUCUCACCGAAACAGAGCUUCACGACUCAGAGCUGUCCCAGGAGGCCGAGCAGGUGAUUUGCGUCGACUGGAGCAACCUCGCAGGAAAGGGCUACGUUAUACUCAACAUGACAGACAACUUUGACUGUGAUGAGUUUCGUAUGGAGAGCGGCGACAGACUCCUGGAGAUGCUGGAAAACACUUUCUCCAGAAAGAUGAACAUCCCACAAGGCUCCUGGCUUAUUUUCCUCAGCAAACCCACAAAACAGGACCAGCAGCUCCUGAUGGCCUUAGCCAGCGAGCAGGGAAUCAUCCCUCCAAAAGAUGUUGUGUCAAUGCUGGGGGAAAUCAGAAGAGGUCUAUAUGAGAUCGGAAUUCAGAAUUAUUCGACCGUGAGCACGUGCCACUCGAGGCCCAGUCAGACACGUGGCCACUUCGGAAAUCUGUUUGUGGUUCUAGUAAUCAUCGGAUCGGUUUGUGUGCUCAUUAUUGCUUCUGGAAUCAUCUAUAUCUGCUGGCAGCGACGUCUACCCAAACUCAAAAACAUGUCGAGAGGCGAGGAACUUAACUUUGUGGAGAACGGUUGCCAUGACAACCCCACACUGGACGUUACCAGCGACAGCCAAUCAGAGACGCAGGAGAAGAAGCUCAGCGCCAAUGGGGUGGCGGCGGGCGGAGACGCGGGAAGCGGAUGGCGGGUGCUCGUCAAUAAACCCGGGAAAGACGAGGAAGACGACCAGGAGGAAUACGACCAGGAGGAAGACACGCACCUUUAAUCGCGGGAAUACUGUCAGAGAAAACGGCGCGGGAAAGCAUCACAUUACAGACUGUGAAGGCACAAAACAUUUUUAAGCUUUUUCAAAACAUCUGCUCUAUAAAAUGUGAUGUAUUUUGGCUUGUUUUACGUUUUUCUUUAUCUGUAUUAAUAAAUUCAGACGGACUAAAAAGUGCAUUAAAAUGCGACUUGUAUGAUAUGAGACCAUUUUCAGUGCAGAAUUUAUUUAAAUCGAAUGUGUCAAACAAUCAGUGAGGCAAUUUAAAAUUAGUUAUAAUAUUCUUAUACAAUAGUUUCUUGCACUGUUGAAGCAAUAGUUUAAUCCAAAAGUGAAAUAUGUCGUUUAACUCGCUCUCGUCAUUCCAAAUUUAUGC